UCUCCUCCCGAAUUCGCUUAUGUCGUAAUCUUUCAGUGAGUUCACCGACCCGCUCUUUCAAUUGUGACCACCGCGGAAAAUGUUGGAAAUGGGAAACCUGCGUCCGGAAACUAAUCAUUUUUUUCUACACUUUCUCGCAUACAUUUCCUUGGUGGCAAGCCAUCCACUCCUUUCUCAACCAAGACUGAGCGAAGUAGAGUGGGCCAACUACAAUUACCACGAACCACAGGGGCCAGGGACGUACGCUUUCGGAUACGAUAUAGAAGACCCAUUGACGAACAAUAUACAAUUCAGGGACGAAGAAAGAUAUCCCAAUGGAACUGUCGUAGGCAGUUACGGCUACGUGAAACCCGAUGGCAAUAUUCAUAUUGUGAAAUAUACUGCAGAUGAAAAAGGAUAUAGGGCGACAAUUGAAAAUCCUCGAGGACAACCAAAAGUUUAUGAAGAGCCUCAACAGUCAAACCCAAACGAAAGACAACCUUCUCCUAUUCUACUGACAGCUAUGAAUUCGCAAAAAGUCUACAAACAGCAAACAGUACACGAACAACGUUUGAGACCGAUUGACGAUAUUGUGUCAAGAAACAGUUUCUAUGAUACAAGGAGGAAUGAUUUACAGCAGAAUUGGUUAUUUGGAGAAGAUUCGAAUUAUGCUGUAGAACCUAAGAAGUUUUAUAUUCGUCGGAAGUGAAAGGAAAGAGGGAAGACGAGAACUGAAUGACUAUUUAUUUAUUUAUUUGUGUAUUUAUCAUUUAUUAAUAUUAGAAGAUUGAUUGAGAUGAAAUUAAUAAUUUCCCAAGAAUUUAAACAACCGGAAGUUGUGGAUUACUUUGAAUCAUUAAAUACAUUAUUUGACAAUA